GUGUCAGCUGCACCAAGACAAACACACUUGGCCCACACGCCCCCACUCCCAGUGUGUGUGUGGCGGCUCCCUUGAGUGCCUUCCUAAGCUCGCACUCGCACAUUUCUCAUAGUUCCUAUCCAUGAAGGUGGUUGUGUGUGUGGCGGGUAGCGUACAAUGAGCUGGAGAGACGUGUUGGUGAUCACUGUGAGGGAGAACAGAGAGAGAACUGUGAGGUGAGGCAGAACACGUGAUCUGGUGCUGCUGGUGGAGACUCGAAUCUCGCAAGAUAUACGUUCUGGGUCUAGUGUGAAUUAUAUUCCCUCUCAGUUUGAUAAAUUUCAAAAUACUGUACAAGAAAAGAUUAUCAAGGCAAAUGGGGGGGACCUUUGACAUGCUGUCAGCUUCCUUUCCUCCUGAAGUCGUUAAAACAAUAUAAGAAGAUAACACAUGGUAUCCAUGUGUGAAAUAAGGGGAAAGUCUACUGAAGGAAAAUGGCUGCCAAUGAUGAAGCAUUAAGCUUCAUUAAUGUGCUGGAUUACCAGGAGGAUGAUGAGCAUCCUUCAUUAUGCUAUGAAGAUGAUGAUGACAGCAUCAUUGAGGAGGCGCAGCACUACACUAGUGGGCUAGAUGCACAUGAAGAAUCUGGGGAUGUUGUUGAUGGCUGCAACUCCACUGAAGUUGAAGACAAGGCAGAUAAAACUCAAAAUGAAACUCUAUCAGUGGGAAAUAGCACUUUCUAUCCUGACCAGCAGGAAAGUCCUUCAGAUGAAAACCGUGGUCAACUCAACGUUUUGUCAGCAGCCUAUGAGAGCUUGGAUUAUGAAAUCUGUGUUAAUUCUGCAUGGCUUGAUGAAGAGCGCACUAAAGGAUAUACAUUUGUGGUCAAGAAGGAUGUCGCCCGUUGGCUGGUUGUGUUGCUGACAGCUGUUCUUACUGCUUUAAUAGCUUGUGUUAUUGAUAUUACAAUUGAGAGUCUCUCAAAAUUCAAAUAUACAUGGCUGAAACAAUAUACUGAUUAUGGUGUCGAAAAGAACGUAUUAAUCAUUCCAUUUUUGCUGUGGGCUGCCUUGAAUAUUGGGCCAACCCUAAUAGCUGCCUUUCUUGGGUCUUGUGUGGAACCUGCGGCAGCAGGCAGUGGUAUUCCUCAGGUGAAGUGUUAUCUAAAUGGUGUGAAGGUGCCACGAGUUGUGAGAGUAAAGACCCUGCUCAGCAAAGUUGUUGGAGUCACCAUGUCUGUCCUUGGUGGCCUGGCUGUUGGAAAGGAAGGGCCCAUGAUUCACUCUGGAGCUGUAAUAGCAGCAGGUGUAUCCCAAGGGAAGACAACUUCUUUCAAGCGGGAUUUUGGUGUUUUCGAAUAUUUUCGGGAGGACCACGAAAAACGAGAUUUUGUAUCUGCUGGUGCAGCCGCUGGUGUUGCUGCAGCUUUUGGUGCUCCAGUUGGUGGGGUGUUGUUCUCCCUAGAAGAGGGAGCCAGCUUCUGGAACCAGGGUCUCACCUGGAGAGUGUUCUUUGGUGCCAUGAUGUCUACAUUUACCUUAAAUUUAGUCCUUUCAACCUACAAUGGAGUACCAGGUAAGCUUGCUUACAAUGGCCUACUGAACUUCGGCAAGUUUGAUGAUCUGACCUAUGAAAUUUGGGAGUUUAUUCCCUUUCUGCUGAUGGGAGUCAUGGGAGGCCUACUGGGAGCACUUUUUAACCAUAUCAACCUAAAACUCACUGCUUUCAGGAUGAGAUAUAUUAAUAAGCCAUGGCAGAAAAUAUUAGAAGCAGCAGUGGUUGCCUUUGUUACAGCUGGAGUGGCAUUCCUCAUGAUAUAUUUGAUUCACGAUUGUCGUCUUAUUGACCCUGAUACUGCCACAUAUCCUAUUCAGAUGUCUUGUGGUGUUGGUGAAGAAAAUGCAGUUGCAUCAAUUUGGUUUCAGACUCCUGAAAAAAGUGUGCGAUCCUUGUUUCAUGACCCCCCAGAGUCAUAUGAAUGGUCAACCAUAGGUGUAUUCUUUGCGUGUUACUUCUUCUUAGCAUGUUGGACAUAUGGCCUGGGAAUCCCUUCUGGACUCUUUAUCCCGACACUUCUGUGUGGAGCAGCUUGGGGUCGGCUUGUGGGGAAGCUCAUGUCACUCUUCUUCCCUAAUCAGCAAUGGGCAAAUGAAGGUAAAUACGCACUGGUUGGAGCCGGAGCCAUGCUUGGUGGUGUUGUCCGCAUGACACUGAGUUUGACUGUAAUCUUGAUGGAGUGUGUUGGUAAUAUAACAUUUGGCUUACCAUUGAUGAUUAUUCUCAUGGUAGCUAAAUGGGUGGGAGAUUUCUUCAAUGAGGGUCUGUAUGACAUACAUAUUCAAAUGCAGGGUGUCCCAAUUAUGGCUUGGGAUGCUCCGCCUCUUUCAAAUAAUAUCUACGCUACUGAAGUAAUGAACAGACCUGUUGCAACCUUAAGGAGUGUUGAAAGUGUUAAACGAAUUGUGAACAUUCUCAAGCAGAACAAUUUCAAUGGCUUCCCAGUUGUAGAUGAUGUUCCAACUGAAGAAGAUACACGAUAUUUCAAGUCAUUUGGUACCUUGAGAGGUCUCAUCUUGCGUUCUCAACUCAUAGUUCUUUUAAAACACAAGGUUUUUAAUGAAAAUGCUGAGGUGUGGCAGAAUAGUCAAGUAGAUAUACGUCUCUUUCGCCUGUCCUAUCCACGGUACUUCACUCUAGACGAAGUUAAUUUGGAUCCUGAGGAUAUGAACUGCACAGUGGAUAUCAGACCAUUUUAUAAUCCCUCCCCAUACUCAGUAGUUACCUGCACUGCCCUACCAAGAAUGUUCAAUCUUUUUAGGGCUCUUGGUUUAAGACAUCUUGUUGUGGUUGAUGACAACAAUGGAGUUGUUGGUAUGGUGACUCGUAAAGAUCUGGUCAAGUACAGAAUUUGGAAACACAGAGGGCAGAUGGGUUUAGAAGAGCUUGUCAUUUAUAAUAAUGUGUCUUAAGGAUACUAUAUUUUCAAUCAUCGAUUAGAAUUAACGUUCCUAGAAACUUAAUUAAGUAUUUUUAAGGUUGUGAAACAAUAUCAACGAUUACAUACAUUAAGUUACAAGUUUCCAAUUAUGUUACUUAGUUAUAUUAUCCAAACUAUUUUCACUAUUAAUGAGAACAAAUAUUAUAACUUAGCUCUAGAUCUGAUGCACCUUAGUUGGCAAUAUUCUUUAUCUGUCUCUUUAAUUUGAACCAAAAAUAAAAAUUGUGAUUUAAUGUACAUAAUCAACAUUAAAUGCAUCUUUUCAUGAACAGAAAGCUGUGGAUGUUCUUGCAUGUGUUAACAGUAUUAAAUUGUUCAAUUGCUGAAAAGUUUGUUAAUUUAUCUAGAUGUUACAUAUAGUAUUUUCUAGAGAAAAAAUAUUGAUUGUGUAUGUUAUAUGAAUAAGAUCUGAAAGUCCAAUACUGUCCAAAACAAGAAAUGUUCUCAGGAAAUUCAAAAUAAGUCUCAGUCUGUUAGAUUGCGAGAAUUAGAGAUGGCAAAUCUAAAACUUUUUGUCAUGGUAAAACUGUUUUAAAGUUUCGCUUGUUCAGCAAACCUUCCUAGUGCAUGUAAACAAAGUCUUUCCUAUCUAAUUAAUUCCUGUAAAUCCCUUCAGAGCAAUGGUCAGAAAUCUCCUUCAAAUGAUGAGUGGCCAGGAAGUUCCUUCACUAAAAAUCCAGAAAUUCACUUACAGUGCAGGCCAGGAUAGAAAAAAAAUCAAGUAAUUUUAUUUAAACAAUCACAUCUGUUUUAUGCCCUUUAUAACAUCAUAAGGUAGGCGGUAAGGUUGUUUAUGUAAUGUUUUCUACUAAAUAUCAUGAUUUUAAACGAAAUACUGAUUUUAUUGUAUGCUAAUUCUGGUAUAUUUAAAAACUUUUAUUAAAGAAUCGGUUAAUUCUUGCAAAAGUAAUAAAUAAACUUUUUGCAAGAUUACUUAUUACUUUUGCAAGAAUUAAGGAUAUUAUAGAGGGCAUUGCGGCUGAGUGUACAGCGCUUGAGGGUCAUAGCCCUCAAGCUAUGAGCUAUGUCUAUGCUACUCUCCAAGCCAGUGCCUUAUACUUAUAGUCCACCCAGGACGCACUACACACACUGUAGUCAACCUGUUGCUCUACUGUAGCAACUGAUCUUUGCCCAGUCCGUCCUAAGAUUUCCCAACAUCAAGAAAACUAUCAAUUUAAAGUAUCCUCUCCUGACCUACCAGAGAACCCAAAACAGAAAACGGGACAGUACAGUACGUCACUUUCGCGAGCCGCUUCCAUUUUCUAGUCCGACAAUUUUUGGCCUUAGGUAAUGCAUACAAGAAAAAAAUGACGUUCUUUGCAGGAAAACAUUGCUUUGCCAGUGGUCUUGUUAUGGCUACCCAGCCCAGUUUAAUUUGAAGGCAUAAAGGGGAAGAAUGGUGAAAAGGAAUUUUAAAGUAGGUAGAGAGAAUUAAAAAUUCUAAAAGGUGAAAAUCAUUAGACAGAUGCAAAUCUCAAUACAAUUGGAUUUGAUGGUCUGAGAAGAUUGCAAGAUUGUAUGACAGUGAUACGUCGGUGAAUUAGGUGAACACAUGCUGGCGAUGAGUCACAAUAACGUGGCUAAAGUAUGUUGACCAGACCACACACUAGAAGGUGAAGGGACGACGACGUUUCGGUCCAUCCUGGACCAUUCAGACCAUUGUUAAUCGACUUGAGAAUGGUCCAGGAUGGACUGAAACGUCGUCAUCCCUUCACCUUCUAGUGUGUGGUCUGGUCAACAUACUUUAGGUGAACACAUCUUUGGCUGAAAUGUAAUAAAGCUGCAAGGUAUAUGCAAAAAUGAUUUUGUGGAGAAAGGGAAUGGAAUGGGUGUUGAAAAAUUUGUUAGAAGGCAUGAAAUAGUGGUAAUGUACCAGAUGACUGAAAAAGAGGAUUCCAAUUAUUUUCAUUUUAAAAAAGUACAAAAAUACAACUUUUUAUUGAAUCUAUUACAGUAUAUUGUUAAUUAAUAUAAUAUUUAUCUAGAAAUUAAGAAUAAUCAUUCCUAAAAUAUUUACAUGAAUUUAUAUUUUUAGGUAGUUUUUGUACUGUACUGUAGUUGUAAGAUAAAAAUUCUUAUGCAAAGGUUAACAAUAAUGAGAUUUUAGGACUAUGUAAUAUAUAUUUAACAAUACAUUGUGGUCCUUCAAUGUUUCCAUUUAAAGGUGUUGUAAAGCUAGUCUUUACAUAUACUGUAAGUGAGUGUGUGUGUGUAUAUAUAUAUAUAUAUAUAUAUAUAUAUAUAUAUAUAUAUAUAUAUAUACAUACA